ACGUUCUUCUUCUUCUUCUUCUAUAUUGUUUUAAGGCAUUUGGUACACAAUUUAAAGGGUGUACUACCACCACCUACUGGAAGUAAAUAUGCCUCCAACUUCAAAACCUUUCUUUCACACGGUGUGACAAACUCGUUCAAAUUUCAUUCCCCGGGAUUCGUUAACCUCAGUGGAUCGUCCAUACGGGGUUGAUGGGUUACUGCAGGUAGCUAGCGUUCUACAACAUCUACAAAAGAGCACAGGAAACGUACUUCCAGUAGGUGACGGAAGUGCAACAUUGAAGUUUGGUUCCAAAACACCAUAGAAGAAGAAAAAGAAGAAGCAAAAAAAAAAACGGGGAUAAGAGCUCCAGAAUUUGUUUAGAAUGAGGGUGUCAGGGUGACGUAGCUGCGGUGAGGAUUGCCGAGUCCCUCGUCCCAAGGAUGAUUUUGGCCCAGUGGGAGUGACAUUUGUGAAGAGAAUGGAUCCUUGCUUUUUGGUUGAUCCAUAUGUGGUGUCAGAUUGGGUGGAGGAGAGGUUGAGGACUGUUGACUUGGUGAAGGUAACUUGGAGUGGACUCAUGAUGAUUUAUUGUGUUUCCUCCACCCAGAGGGAGAGGGCGCUCCGGAUUUCGAGAUAAGGGACAAGGAUUGUGACGUGUUUUUCUUUCUGGAGCAUGGCGCUGUUGAAAGGAUGGAUAACGUGGGUGGCACAACCUCAGGAGGCUGAAAAAAUGUGGCUUGUCACCUAAAACUCUCACAAACUUUUACAGAUGCACAAUUGAGAGCAUCCUGUUGGGCUGUAUCACCACCUGGUACAGCAACUUGGCCUGCAAUGGAAUUUUAUGAAUGCCCUUCGAUGUGGUAUGCCCACCGUUUUGUAAAACAGGUCAUUGCGUUGGCUUUAUUAGUCCUGUUUCCUGUGACUAAUAAAUGUGGCUAUUUAAACUCUGAAUAUCAGCUACCCAACUUCAUCAGGAGUUUUAGGAGCCUAUUUGCAAUGUGUUUACACAGCAUACAAACUUGAAACCACUGAUCAUGACAAUGGGGUGAAACUCCUGGACAACGGUUGUGAUUGUCCAUUUCAUAUUGUCCAUUUUACAUUGACCUGUCCUGUUUUUAGGAUAUGUUGUUUGUUGACAUGACAGUGCAUUUUGUAUUUGAUUGAGCUCUAUUUAGAUUAGGCUAUUUGCUCGGAGAAACCUGUAUGAUGUAAAAAGUUGUGGGGGUGAUCAUGGGGCUGGAGACGGGAGAUGUCUGGUGAGAGAAAGGCAGAUGGAGGUUACCAUGGUUACAGUAGUACAGGAAGUGUCGUAUGCUGAAGCAGGGAAGAGAGUGGUAGAGGAACAGGGGUACAGGGUGAGGGAUCCUGAGAGGAUUCCUGUGAGGAGGCAGAGAUCAAGAGACCGUGAUGGGAAGAAUAUUGGCUUCAGUAAGGUUGGCUUUUUAUCAUUUAUAGAAUGGCCUCACACACCACUACAGUAGGUGGCGGUGUAUGCACCUUAAAGUUGGAUGCAAUCCGACAACCAAAUCGAAAGGAAGAAGAAUCAAAGCAGGAAGUGAAUAGCUAGAGCGUUGGUGUAUUUUCCUCGUUGACAUGUGGCUCUAUAGACCCUAACAUUCCAAAAUUACAGAUGGAGUUGAAUACGUUUCUUACUCAGCGAUUAACAGCGGCUGCUGUGGAGAUAUCGGCAGUCUUUGAAAAAAAGAUAGUCGAGUACCAGGUCGAAAUCUCCCGUUCGAAGGAGGAGAACAAACGUCUACAGAGGCUGUUGGAUUUGGUUUUCCACCCGGAAAUCAAGUUACAUCGAGCAGACUCCCAGCAGAUCUCUCUUCCUGUCUCUGAAGAGGAGGUUCCCCCUGUACAGCAGCACUGUGAGCAGGAGAGGAGCCCCAGUCAGAGGCAGGAGGACCCAGAGCCCACACUGAUUAAAGAGGAACAGGAGGAACUCAGGACCAAUCAGGAGGAAGACCAGCCUCAAGGUCUGGAACCUGAUACCAAAGACCUCUUGAUUCCUGCCUGUGUGAAAAGUGACUAUGAACAGAAACCACCUCUGCCCUCACAUCUUGACCAAACCUUGGAGAACAGAGAGAGGGACUCUCUACCCACCAACACAACUGAACAGAUCAAAACAGAACCUGAUGGAGAGGACUACAGCGGAUCAGAACCAACCAGGGACUCUCAGCUCCUCUCUGAAGCCCAGGUAGAAAACAUAGACAAACGUGUUGAUGGGAUGGAGAGACACAUUCCUCCUCCCUUCUCUCCAGACUCCCAGCAGCCCUCUGUCUCUGUCUCUAAAGAGGAGGUUCCCCCAGAGCAGCAGGAGAGAAUCCCCAGGCUGGGUCUGGAGGACCCAGAGCCCACAAAACAAGAGGAACUCUGGACGAUUCAGGAGGAACAGCAGCUGGAAUCUGACAGCAGAGUAUCAGAACCAACCAGUGACUCUCAGCUCCUCUCUGCAGUAAAUCCAGAAUGUUCUGCAGCUCAGAAUGAAAACGGUAAAGUUCAUCAGAGUCCCAGCACUUCUUCAGAACAAGUAAGAUUAUAUUUACUUUAAUUUAUUAUUAAACAUGUAGAACAGCACAAAAAAUGAGCAUUUAAUUGUAGAGAAAACAGCCAAGUGAUUACAUGAGAUUCUGAAAGCCAUUUCUUUACAGAAAAUGAAUAUAUACAUUUUAAAUAUAAAGUAUAUGGACAAUUCCAGCAUUAUGGACAUUACAUUUGCCAGCAAAAUCACAACCUUAAUAUCUGACACUCACAGAAUGGACAAACGAAAUAGAAUGAUGUGUGUCUAUAGAACUCCCUGGGUGAACCCAAAACAGCAGACUUCUAAAUACUGUCAAGUUGGAGAAAUUCAUUAAAUAUAUGUC